AGGAGGAGACGCGCGGCGGGGCGGCGCCCGGCUGCUGCGGACGGGCGAGGCGCUGCCGGCGGUGACCAUACAGAGGGCGCCAAGGCACGUACCGCAGAAGGCCGCUGUUGGUCGGACAUGAGCGCCGGUCGUAGGCCGUGCAGCGGCUAACACCGCCCAGGGCAGCAAGAUGGCCGCCGACCGCAGCCAGCACAAGCUGGCGCUGGACACCGGCCCUUGCGUCAACAGCCUGAACAGCGCCAAUGGCACUCCGCAGACGCCCAGCACGCAGGUGAUAUCGCUGAAGCCGGAGGAGCCGGAGCGGGAGACGUGGUCCGGCAAGCUCGACUUUGUCCUGUCCGUCGUCGGCUAUGCGAUCGGCCUCGGCAAUGUCUGGAGGUUCCCGUACCUCUGCUACAAAAAUGGCGGAGGCGCGUUCCUUAUCCCGUACCUGCUGACGGUGGCCACGUGCGGCGUGCCCAUGUUCCUGCUGGAGGUGUCGCUUGGCCAGUACCUGUCCGUCGGUGGACUCGGCGUCUGGAAGAUCAGCCCUGCCUUCAAAGGUGUCGGCUAUGGAGCCGUGAUGCAGUGCAUCUGGCUGGACAGCUACUACAUCGUCGUCAUGGCGUGGGCACUCUUUUACUUUUUCAACUCCUUCAGAGCCGCGCUGCCGUGGGGCGACUGCAACAACUGGUGGAACGCGCCCACCUGCGCCAGCCCCUACACGCGCAAGGACCUGGACUGCUGGAGCGAGCAGCUCAACAGCACCGCCAACGCCUCGUACUGCAUGAUCGGCACCAACGCCAUCCCUGAGGCGGACAUCACCGACCCGGUCCGCGAGUUCUGGGAGAUUCGAGCGCUCAGCAUAUCGAAGGGCAUUGACGACGUGGGUGAGAUUCGCUGGGAGCUGGUCGGCACCCUCGCCCUCGCCUGGGUCUUCUGCUACUUCUGCAUCUGGAAAGGCGUCAAGUACACCGGCAAGGUAGUGUACUUUACAUCGCUGUUCCCGUACGUUUUGAUGUUCAUACUUCUGAUACGAGGAGUGACCCUGCCCGGCGCCAUCGAGGGCAUCAAGUUCUACAUCCUGCCGGACAUCAGCAGGCUCUCCGAAAUCAAGGUGUGGACCGACGCCGCCACGCAGGUGUUCUUCUCGUACGGUCUGGCUCUGGGCUCCUUGAUCGCGCUCGGGAGUUAUAACAAGUUCAACAACAACGUGCACAGGGACGCCAUGAUGAUAUGCAGCAUCAAUUCGUGCACCUCCAUAUUCGCCGGCUUUGUGAUCUUCUCAGUGAUAGGCUACAUGGCGACCAUACAGGGAAAGCCUGUGGAGGAGGUGGCAGCAGCUGGCCCCGGCCUGCUCUUCCUCGUGUACCCGUCGGCCAUCCUCCAGCUGCCCAUCAGUCCGCUCUGGUCGGCCAUGUUCUUCCUGAUGGUGCUCAUGCUCGGCCUGGACUCUCAGUUCUGCACGAUGGAGGGCUUCAUCACGGCCGUUGUGGACGAGGUGCCACACAUUCUGCGGCGUCCCAAAAGGAAGGAAGUGUUCAUCGCCAUUUACUGCUUUCUAUCCUUCCUCAUCGGAAUAUCCAUGGUCACAGAGGGCGGCAUGUACGUGCUGGUCAUCUUCGAGGACUACGCUGCCUCCGGGCUAGCGCUGCUCACGCUCAUCUUCUUCGAGUGCAUCGCCAUCGGCUGGGGCUUCGGCGUCAACCGCUACUUCGACGCCAUCAAGGAGAUGGUCGGGUACUAUCCGUUCCUCUGGUUCAAACUCUGCUGGACGGUGGUGUGCCCCGCCAUCACGCUGGGCGUAUUCGUGUUCAACGUAGCCAACUUCACGCCCGUCAAGUACGUCAACUAUGAGUACCCUUGGUGGGCGCACCUGAUUGGCAUCAUGCUGGGCCUGUCAUCUAUGCUCUGCCCACCUACGUUCUUCAUCUACUCGUUCUUGAAGGCAGAGGGCUCCUUCACUGAGCGACUGAAAACGAUUUGCCGCCCCGAAAUUGGCAACGUGACCAACAAAAACGUCGGCAAGUUUGACUCGAUGCUCUAAAAGCACGAUCACCAGCCAUUUCGCUUUGAUGUGAAAAAGACCGCCAGACGUCAGGCGGUCGAUAUCGUCCGCGGUUGUCGCCCUGGCGGUCGAUCUGAGCAGCUGCAGUUCACCGCCUCGCCGCUGCGAUGCGCAGCGGAGCAACCCUGUCUUCCUGGAAUCCCGUCUGCACGGGUUCGCCAGUCUUCCAGUGCGAAACGCACACAAGAGGUCUGCUUUCUGGACUGUAUCGCUGUGUUGGUUCAAUCGGUGACCUUUUGAAAGCCGUUUACAGCUGGGUAGUUUUGAUAGCAUGACAUACCCGACGUGGGUUGGGUGUCUGCGUAAGUAGGUGCGAUAGAGAGGACCGCUUAAGCUCGUGCGAGUAGUGGUGCUUGCUAGUUCUUCUUGCAACGCGUCUUCCAGUGGGUUUUCACGGUUGGUCUUCCAUUUUCUGAAGGUGUUGGUAAUGCUGUUGGUAACUGUGGUUGACUGUGUAUUUUCAGCUUGGUAGUGAAGUAGACUCAUUCGCGACAUUUAGUACGCCGCCUGCGUGCAGUAUGGACCCUCUCAAGUGGAGCAUAAGCUGACACCUGUCGUCUGCUGACCUCAUACUGUUCAUGUACCUCGCGAGCGUUUCCCAUACGCAUCAUGCGCGAAAACUCGGCUUGUGUUGUGAAUUUAUCAUUGACGUGAUUUGCUCGGACUGACGAAGCACGUGCCUGCGGCAAGGAGGGCUAUGCUUUGGAUGGCUGAAACCUUUGAGCUCGUGCUCGUGGGGCAGCUUGGGAACAUUCAUGAAUUAAGAUGUUUUAAGCAGUUAAGAUGUUUGUUGUUGAAAUAAGAUGUUAAGAAUUAAGAUGUUUUCUACAAAAUUAUAAAUUGAGAUCAUGGCGCAAAUGCUCAUGCUAUUGAGGACGUAAAAUAAUAUUCCAGCUUUGUCCCAGAAAGGUGUCCCAUUCAUUUAUUCUAGUACAAGAUAUUACUGUAUCGAUUGCUGGCAAACGUCAUAAAAGCUUGUUGCCACUCUAAUGCGAUGAACGUUUUUCAUUACCUGCGCUGCUCCAUGCGCGCAGAAUGUUCGAAUUUUCCCAAAACACCUGAUGUCCUCUUAGUUUGUGACCAGCGGAUGCAGUUGAAUCUACACGUUAUCACGGGGAUAAUUCUGCUUCUAUUGUGGAACGCGUUCUGUACGAUAAUGCCUGCAAGAUUUAGGCUCGAACGUCUGUCAGAGCCCUUGUAAAAGCUAUGGUGAUUGGCUGACAGUACUUGAGGAUAUUCUGAACUUGCUGCAGCUUGUGCGCUGGUACCCCGUCCGGGACCAUUGGCUGCACAUAAGUGGAGCUUUCCCGAUUGCAGACGACCGUUUUAUCAAGUGAUGAUCAGAAAUGAAUUAUGCAUAUCACUAGCAAGCUCUUUGCAAGCGCUCAUGCCAGGUCUAAGUGGGAUGUAAUUUAGUGUUAAGGCCGGAAUGCUGACGAUUGAAAAAUCGUCAUUUUGACAAACCUUCGGAUUCAUUUGCUCAUAAGAAAAUAAUUCGUACACAACUUGCUUCACGAACAGAACAUGACAUCACGUUGCUCUCAAAGCAGUGGUGGUAAAGUAGCUGAAGCUGUUUUCGCUGAGCAAGUGACAAGGAUAUAGUCCGUUCAAACCAUCAGCCAAGUGUCAGGGGAUCACUGGGUUAAAGGGUGAGAGCAUUUGUCCGGGCCUUGGCAAUGACACCUGUAUCUCGUCUGGUUUCACAACUAUCUCCAUAUAUUAAACAAGUGAAGAACGAGUUAUGCAUCCUUAUACUAUCCUGUAAAACGUCACACUCCAUUAACACGCGUUUUCAGGUAAAACAUAAGCUCCCCAUGACCUCAUUUUGUCACUUUAACAUAAACAUAGCAGUUGCACCCAAGAUGAAGGUGCGUAAGCAUAAUCAGGUGCAUGAGCCGUCAGCGAGAGCAGUUAGCACAACACGCUGGGUAAGCCUGAGGCGCGUCUAAAUAGUCUCUCCUGCGCCAAUAUCACGCCAUGCGGCAGCCUAAUCCGCCAGGUCAAAUAUUUUGCUUUCCGUCUUACCGAAGGCGCAGGAGUUAAUAUGCGCUGCAUCAGGACUCGAACGGCAUAUAUAUCAGCAGUUCUGUCGGUCUGGGGACAUAUCCGCUUUUCCGUUAAAAGCAUAAGUAUGCGUCUUCUACAUGUAAUAUGUCCCGGUCGGUCCCUGUUUGCAUUAUCUAGGUGCGGGAGCUAAGUGGUCCGGGCAAAAAUACUUUAAGCACCGUGCCGUCUAGUCCUGGUGGAAUUACGUCUUCCAUUCUACUGAUACAACCCUGUUUUACCCCGAUUGCUGUCAGCGUCUGUUUUUCUGUCCUGAACUGCGCGUCGAUCUCGAUGGGUAAACCACUCGAUGCCCUUAUUUUCCUCCAGCCAUGAAGAUAAGGUCAUUGAUUGUACCCAACUGUAUGCCGUUGAUGUAUCCAUCUUCUUCUCACAUUCACACAGGCUUGGGAAAGCUGGUUUUUAAUUUAUAUGUUUGCUGCAUCGGGAGUUGUGCCAACGCAGGCUAACAAUACCCGUGAGCUUUGAACGAGUGCCAUUACCACGCUAAGAAACUGUAAAUACACAUUCUCUGUGGUAGCUGUUGGGCGAGCGCCCUCGCUCAGUCCGGCCCUUUCCAUGCGCUGACCUAGGGCUUGAUGGUGACCGUUUUCUAGCUCUGUGUUAGUCGUGCCGUGGCAGGUCAGUCCCCCGUCGUGUGGCGCGCCCCAGGAGGCAGUUCGUGUUCGGCUUAAGGCGUUGGUAGAGUGGCCCGGCAGCGUUGUAGAGCGGCACCGCCGCCCGGCGCUCCAGGCCGGCCGUGCCCGGACCCGCCGCUCGCGCCCGCUGCUUCGCCGACGCUCGCUGUCGCGGUGCCUGCCUGAGCCGGUCUCAGCACGUGUCUGUGGUAACCCCGCCCUCCUGUCAGAGGAUCGGCACCUGUUGGCCUGAGCAGGUCUCAGUACCUCCGCGUAGUCCCGUGGCGUGUCCGCGAGACGGUAGUACUCACUUUCCCGCGGACUAGGCCGUCAUCGGUGUCCUGAUGACGUAGCCCACGGUUUAGGUCGCAUAUUCACCCCCGCUCUUCGAACAAUACAUUCAAAAAAGCCAUCCGUGUUUUCUUCUUCGAUGCGAGUGCUCAUGCACGAGCGCUUAUGGUCGUAGAUUGGGCAAAAGUAUUCGAAACAGGUUCAGAUGAUAAAUGUCGUACCCGGCAGCUCGUAAUAGCUCGCCUGGAUCGAAGGCAGUGUUCAAAUAUUGCAAUCCAGCGAACAAAGUUAGUUGUCUUCAGAAGAUUGCGGUUCCUGCACAGGUUGUUAUGAUUACAGAUAAAAACUGUUCGCACAUACAACGAAAACCGUAACGUGUACUGAUCGAACUCGACCAAAUACCUGUCAGAAGAUGCUCUGAGUAGAUAAGUUUAUGUGUGAUUCAUCACUGGAUCCUCAGAGUUGUAAACUUACAAAACCAUAGCUAAGUGCCUUGAUCUGCGUAUAGUGCUGACAGUGCUGGUGUAAGUCGUAUACAUCUUCAGCUAUUUAGCUGUCGUUCGUGCUUUACCACCUAUGCAGUUCGCCUGUGGUCCAAAGAACCUCACCGCGGGGGAGCGUGCAGGACGCUUCACACAUCACGCCACUAUAACGGCGCUGCAGUGCAUGUUACCGUGAUCAUCACCGUGCUGCACAGCCCAGCUCCCGCACUGCAAGUUGAAGCUGCAUUCGCCAGCUAGUUCACCGACGACAAAACAGAGCGUAAGAUCCGUCUUCUCACUCUGCAUCCCACCGGCUGAAGCGCGCCACGGACCGCCAUACCGCGCGCGCGACACAGGCCGCCACCCUCCGGUCCGCUCGAGACGCUCGCGCCUCGCCGGCUACACAGGGACCUCCCGGUGCGCCAGCCGGUAGAACGUGGGAAGUGACGGAUCGAGCUCGCUCGCCGCGCCGCCCGCGCGCUCGUCCGAGCCGGGCUCCUGCGCGAACACCACGUCCGCCUCGAGGAACGAGUAGAGGUAGGCGGGGCCGGCCGGGUCGACGCCGGCUCUGUACGCGGCCGCCUGAGCCCAGGGGAAGAGCGGCGGCAGCGGCAUCACCCGCCAGAAGUCGGCCAGUUGGCUCGGCACGGUCGGCACCGCGAACAGGU